AGUUAUAUUACACGUUGUGUUCACACACACACAUGUCGUUAGUUUUUGUUAUAUAAAAAUAUUUUUGUAUACAAUUUUGUAUUUAUAUAGUAUAUAAAGUUAUCUAAAUUAAUAUAAGUGAUCGCUGGCAAUAAAAUAAAUUUAACAUUAAUUAGAUUUCAAAUACCAAGGCUAAUAUAGUUGAGCCCAUCAAUGGCCCCCAUCAUCACCAUUGCAAUGAUAAUAUGUUGCUGUUAUCAAAGUGUUUAAAAAAAACUAAAAAACAUCGAUGAAUAUGCUUUACAUCACUUUGUGUUUAGCAAUGAGUUUAACACAUUGCAGUGCAAACAUCGGUUAAUUUAACAAACAAUAAGUUAUUUAGUAAAAAGACAUUGGGUGGUCAUAUGUGGGCAAUGAUCCAGUUGUUAAUUAUGUCAAUUAAAUGAUGAAAUAUAUGUGUGUAUUAAUUGUCAUCAUUUAUCACUUCAGAGGCAAAGUUAUCUCAAUGUGACACAAGUUAUUUAUAGACGAGUUAUUUAUAGUUAAAAUACAAAGAUUUACAAUAUUUAUGUAAAAAAUGUUACAAAAGUCGGUUUCGUGGAUCAAGAAGAAUGUGUUGUUAUGUCUGACUAUUUUAUCGGUAGUGUUGGGCCUAAUCAUAGGCUGUUGUCUAAGGUUUACCACCUAUAAUGAGGAUCUAGUGAUGUUAAUCGGCUUUCCCGGAGAGCUACUGAUGCGGAUGUUAAAGAUGUUGAUCCUACCGUUGAUCAUCUCAUCAUUGAUCUCAGGUUUGGCUCAAUUGGACGCCGCCGCCAGUGGUCGGAUGGGCUCACGAGCUGUCGCUUAUUAUUUCGGUACAACAAUAUUAGCUGCUGUUACUGGAAUUAUACUUGUGUUGGCCAUUCAUCCGGGAGAUCCAUCUAUUAAGAAAACACAUGUGAUGCCAGUGUCGGGAUCAGACACUCGAGUGUCAACAAUAGAUGCACUGUUGGAUUUGGCCAGAAAUAUGUUUCCCGAAAAUCUUCUUCAGGCGACCUUUGCUCAGGUGAGGACUGAGUUUGUACGGGGAGAACGAUUGACACUGACUGGACAAGAGCAUGAUCUUCCGUGGGAUCGUAUUGCCAACGAAACCGUUGAAGUUAUGGUCAACGGCCGUAUGAUCAAAGAAACUCGGUUUUACCGAUUGACCCGAACAUAUCCUUAUAGAGAUGGCUCCAAUGUGUUGGGACUUAUUGUAUUUUGCACGGCUUUUGGUAUAAUUUGUGGUCAAAUGGGCAAAGAGGCUGAAGUGAUGGUUAGGUUUUUUGUAGUAAUGAAUGAGAUUGUCAUGAAAUUAGUUGUCCUCUGUAUGUGGUAUUCACCGAUUGGUAUCGCAUCGCUAAUAAUCAACAAAAUACUAGAGAUUAAAGACGUCUAUACUGUUGCUCAACAAUUGGGUCUUUAUAUGGUUACUGUAAUCGUUGGACUUAUAAUUCAUGCCGUGAUUACACUUCCGGGCAUUUAUUGGUCGGUCACUCGUAAAAAUCCGUGGACUUUCUUUAAGGGUAUGCUUCAGGCGUGGGUCACAGCAUUGGGAACGGCAUCAUCAGCUGCAACACUACCCGUUACUUUUAGGUGUCUCGAAGAAAAUAAUAAAAUCGAUAAAAGAGUUACUAGAUUUGUACUGCCAGUGGGUGCCACUAUUAAUAUGGACGGUACGGCAUUGUAUGAAGCAGUGGCCGCUAUAUUUAUAGCGCAGAUGAAUGGUAUUGAGUUCAAUAUCGGGCAAAUCAUUAUUGUGUCGCUCACGGCUACGGCCGCCUCUAUUGGUGCCGCAUCGGUACCGUCAGCCGGUUUGGUCACUAUGCUUAUGGUGCUAACAGCUACUGGUUUGCCUACAGAGGAUAUAUCAAUGAUUAUUGCGGUCGAUUGGUUUCUUGAUCGCAUACGAACAUCAAUUAAUGUUUUAGGCGAUGCUUUUGGUGCCGGUGUUGUCUAUCAUCAAUCAAAGCCAGAACUCGAUAAAUGGGAUUUAGAUCAUCCCAUCGAUCCCUUUGAAUCCAAACCAUUGAUUAUAACAGAGUUGACACCCUUAGCUAACAGUGCUCCUCUCGCUGAUAAUAUUGAAACUGAGAUUUAAUAUAAUUUAUAUAAUUUCAAGUAAAACUAAAGCAAUCAAUUUAAAUAUAAGUACCGGUAAUACUUAUUUCACAUUUGCAUACAUUUAUUUACAUUU